AUGCCGGUGGAGGCCCUGAUUUCCCGCAGCCUGGCAGAGAUGCCGGCCCGCAUUGCCGCCUGGCGCCGGGAGCGGGAGCAGGCCCGGGAACGGGCGCGGGCUGAAGCGUCUCGGCGGCAGCGGCUCCUGGCCGAGGCGGGGCUGGGGGGUCUCCCCCGGGCCGGGACCCCCGGGAAGGGCUCUGCGCGGGCGCAGGAGCUGCUGGAGGAGCUGGAGCGGCGCCAGCGGCGGGAGGAGAAGCGGCGCCGGCGGCAGGAGCGGGAGGAGGCGGCUCGCAGCGCGCUGGCGGCGGCCGAGGCGGCGGCCAAGGCCAAAACACCCCCGGGGACCCCCCCCGAGGGUGCUGGGACCCCCCCUGAGGGUGCUGGGACCCCCCCUGAGGGUGCUGGGACCCCCCCCGAGGGUGCUGGGACUGGGACUGCCCCAGAGAGCAAAGGGACCCCUCCUGAGAGUGCUGGGACACCCCCCAAAAGAACAGGGGGCACCUCCUGAC